GGGCACUCCCAGAGAGCCAUUGUGAAGGCGCAGCAACGAUGUUGAGGACGGUCUAUUCGCCGUCGAGCACAGUGGCGAGCAAGCAUAAUAUGUAUUGUACUAUGACGGCCUGCCAAAGCGAGGUAAUAAUUAUCCUUGCUUUGGCGGGUGUCGGGCCGUGCUACCGACUACAGUGCGUCAUAAAGAGUCCCACGGGGCUGCCCGAAUUUCAGUGGUUUGCGUUUCUGCUGCCUUCAUUUUGCCAUGUUGCGAACAGUCCUCAAGAACGAACUCAGACCUCUGUUCAACGCACAAGGUCGCUCUUUUGUGUCGACUGUGCUUCUCACCCGAAGCUGGGAAAAUGAAUCAGUCUCGAAUCUCAAGAAAGAGGCUAGAGAACGCGGUAUCUCCCAAAAGGGAAACAAGGCGACCUUGAUUACCCGUUUGCAGCAACAUGACAAACAGCGUCCUCCUAUGCGUGACCCCUCACCUACUGCCCAAGCACAAUCUCCUGUUCCUUCGUCACCCGUCACCCAAUACGUUCGCAAGGCUUCGACCACUGAAGUACCCGGUGUCCCAUCCUCAGCGGAACCUCCUCGUCUUCCGCCAAACUUCCCUAAGGAUUUCCUUGAUGUGAAGAUCCCUGUUCCUUCAGAUCCUCUUCCCGAACCUACUACACCUAUCCCUUUUGUUCCGGACUUCUGGGACUCCGCGCGCGUAAAGGCGGCAUCCGCUCCCCCCAAGGACGAGCCUGAUCACCUCACAUUGAUUGCCGUCGCAGGAGACCCAACCCACAUCGCCAUUAGCCCUGCCUACAACCUAUACAUACCAGAAGAAGAGGUUGUGGAACGAAAAGACACGUCCAAGACUACGUUCCUCGAAGAUGUCGCUGAGGACCUGUAUAUUCCUACUCUCAAACGCGCAGGGAAAGAACAGUUAGAGAAAUUGCAGAAAGCCGACCUCUCUCAGGUCACUGGCACCUCAAAGGGACAAGUGAUAGAACAUUCACGUCCAUUGGACAAGGAGGAGAUGAGAGGCCUUUACCUCUUCUUUGGUAUGAUCUUCGGGUCAUGGCUAAUUUCUGGCUACUUCACGCGACGGUCAGCUUUCGCUAAGGCAGAAGAGUCAGAAAAGGCUGGCGGAAAAGCGACCGGUGCUGCUAAGCACUAGACUCUUUUUGGAGUCCGUUUGCUUUCGGUUAACGAUAGAUCGGACGCUUGUAUCGUAGCCUCUACAUCACUACAUAGCUCACUACGCUAUUUCGUUUGUUUAAAUAUGACGCUUUUGUUGUGAUGUU